UUAAACUCCAAUGCUGAUGUACAUUCAGGAACAUUCAUUCGGGAACAAGAGCUUGAUGAAUGACCUCUGGUAACAUGGAGGUGAAGACAGCAUCUAAAAAAAGAGUAUACAUCAGUCUUCCCAAAAAAUACAUACCUGCUUUUGCUGAAAAUUAUGACCUGGAACACGGACUGUUCAUAACAGAGCUGAAUCCCUACAUAAAUGAAGGCUAUGUGCGAGCUUACUUUAGAGACUGGGGCACUGUCACAACGUGUAAGAUUAACCACAGUGCUGGGGAAUAUAAGGGAGUGGCCUUUGUGGGGUUUUCUACAGAAGAUGAAGCAGACAGAGCAGAAUGGGCUGGUCCUCACUACAUUGGAGGUGAUGUGGAAGUGAGGCGAGUUGUCAGCCCAAAGGUGGAGGAGGAUCCGGAGGAGAAGGUCGCUGCUGUUGUUGCUAGGCCUCCACCAAGACGUUCAAUGGGUUUGGGAUACAUACUGGAAGAUGCUCAGUGGUUAGAUGAUGAGUUGGAGGAAUAGACAAAUACUGCGCAACUUUUUGUUUAAUUUUGCAAAUUUGUAUAAUUUAAAGUUUCUAAUGUGAUAUGUCUCAUAAAAUUCAAUGUGGCCAUAAUGACUAUAGACUAUGGUCUGCGUUGGGAAAAUAUUGUAACCUCAAAGACUGUGUAUUGCCUUGAUGGAAAACAUAUUUUAUUGUAGGGAUUUUAUAUUUUGACUAAUGACCAUUUUCUACAUUAAACAGAUAACAAAUUGGUAUUCUA